AUGGGGGCGCGGGAGCCGGAGGCGGGGGGCUCUCCCCGCGCACGUCCGCCUCCCGCUCGCCCCCCAGCUCCUGCGCACUCCCGCGCGCGCGCGCCGGGAACCCGAGCUCCCCACCCGCUGGGAGCCCUCAGUGUCUCUCUUGGAUCCCUCCAUGGGGAAACUGAGGCUGGUGUACAGUCCCAGUGUACCCACCCGCACCCCCACCGGCAGCAGGAGAAGCGCAAGUCAGUUAGUGAACGCUCGGUUCCCCCCGGUGGGCAGAGAGAGGACAGUCUGGGGUCAGAAGUGGCUUUUCGAGCCCGUGACAUUGCGCUCAGAUGGAAGGAUCAGGAGGAAGCCGCUUUCCUAAGCGCAGCCAGGGACACUUGCCAGAGAAGGGACAGGGCUCGGUUACAGCCAGGCGCCACUUCCUGGCCCUCUCUGGGCCUGGGCAGUCGCCUCUGUAAAUGUGUCCGGGUGAGAUGGUCAGGAGUGGCCAGCUACGUCCCCAACCUGGCAGGACACAGGCAGGGCCCAGAGGUGGGAGCAGGGCUGCCACCCCCAGCGGGCUGGGCAGAACAGGCCUGCCCCACACAGCACAUAGCAGGGCGCCACAGCUCUGCCGUCAGAUUGAAGGCUUCUGGGAGAGUUGAGAUUGCAGCCCCCACGCUCACCGUGGAAAGGAGCUCAUGGCUGGGGAUACAGCUCAAUGGCACAAGCGCCUGCCUGAUCCAAAGACCUCGUUCCCCUUUGACCACAGGACUCUGCCCUUCUUCAGCCCAGUCACCUGAGGGCCACCUGUUCUCUGGGACACUGCAGGCCCCGGAGGCUCUGGCGGCCACCUGCACAAGGAUGCCGUCACCUGUGCUGGCGAACAUGGAAAGAGCUUUGAAUGACGCAAACAGCCACCGUGGCCUGCGUGCAUAGGUUCGCCACCAUCGAGUCUGAGCUCUGUCUCCAUUCGGGGCCAGACCUGAAGACCCAGCACUGUAGGUCCAGCACCAACUAGCUAUGUCCCCAACUGCCCCCAGCCCCUCCCCUGGCCCUGGCUCUGGCCCUGUCGGCCCCACAGUGCCCCCAUGCCCAGGCCAAGUAGCCCAGCCACAGUGCUACCCUCACCACCAGCCUGGGCCCCUCUCCUGUCUGGACCACAAACCACCUGUCCCUCUGAGCCUUCCUGCUGGGACCUUCAAGUUCUAGCUGGCCCUCCCUCAUUCUGAAUCCUGUCAUGGCUCCCUGUUGCUCCAGGGACAAGUUUCCAGAGCUUCAGGCCAGGAGGGGAGGCUUGUUUUGUUCAUCAGCUUCCCCUCCCUCCAUCAGUUUACACUCUGCCUGUCUGCUCCAGUCAUACUGGAGUUAGGCCACUGUCAUUCGUUCUACUGCCUUUCUCUCUCUCUCCCCUCUCCCACUGUCCUGGGGAGUGAACCCAGGACCUUGACAUUGAG